AUGACCUCAAGCUGUGACGCUCCGGCUCUCGGCAAUGCUGCCAAUCUAGGCGGUACCGCUGCCGCUCGAGUUCUAGACACUGUCGAACUCCUCGAAAACAUCCUUCUGCAAGAUCUUCCUAUGAAGAGUAUUGCUCGAGCCCGCCAGGUCAAUACCUUCUUCUGCGCUGUCAUCGACAACUCCAAGCCCUUGCAGCGUGCCCUCUUCUUGAUGCCGGAGCUCCCCAAAGAGACUCACGUCGACAUGGACGGCACACCCAAAUCGGUCACUAGAGUCAAUCCAGCCAUCAUUAAGUUGGACCAUCACGGUGAAGUGAAGACAGGGCGUUUCUACAUCGACGGCGACAUGCUCCGUCGCUGGAACUCUGACCUUGCAUGCGAAACUUGGAAAUCCAUGCUCAUUUGUCAGCCGCCUGCUUCUAUCAACAAACUGCAUUUGUUUGAAUUAAUCACCAAAUCACAAAAGACAGGUGAAUUUUAUAUUACCUUCUUGAGCGGCAGCACACUUGGCGAUCUAGUCGCCAAAUUACGAUUUAUAAAUAAUCUGGGUGCGAUGAGAUGGGCAUCAGAUUGGGGAUCAGAUUCGAAAUCUGUGUGCCGCGUUCUAAUCAGUGAUGCUGGUUAG